GUUCUCUCGUCUAAACGUCAGUAUCGUGACGAUUUCGUUGGUCUGGGCGCUGUACUUUCAGUUUUUACUCAUGAAAAGUUUUUGGGCGUUUCUCUUCACAGUCUGCUGCUGUCCGCCUGUUACAUUUUCUCCAGCUCGCUACGUCGAUGUGUUUUAAACACGACAAGCCCACCCUGACUCACACUGACCACUCAAAGGUUGAGAGGAAACGAGGACUGACACAUAGACAUUUUUGCUGUUGAAACUGAAAGAUGGCCGAGCAGCUGCAGGAACUUGUUGCACAGAAGAAGGAUGUUGUCGAAACAGUCAUGGAAGUGUUUGAGCAGGGCGCAGAAGUGGUGGCCAGCAUUGCUGGAGAUCUGUUCCCCGUGUUCUCCAUCGCAGCUCCGAUCGUGAAGCUGGCACUGGAUAACGUGGAAAGCAAAGAGGCCGAGUACAUGAAGGAGCAGUUCCAGAAAGUGCGAGAUCGCCUGGAAGUCGUUUCUGAAGAAGUCCAGCAGAUAAACCAGGAGAUCAAGAAGAGCGGCGUAGAUGCCACCUAUUUCUCCGUGGAGGAGAACCUGACCAACCAAUUCCGCAAAUUCAUGGACGUCCUGAAUGCGAAACCUAAAUUCAGAGAGGUCAGAAAGAAAACGUUCCUGGAGCACUUCAACAGGGCAGGGGGUGAUAAAAACCUGCACACUCUUUACAACGCUGUAACCGGAGAUAACUUCUCAGGACAGUCUGUGCUGGAAAUCACUCUGAAUUACGAGCAGAAGAGCCGCAGGGCGGUGGAGGAGUUUUGCGCUACCCUCAAAAAGUUGUUCUGCGUCGGUUUGAUCGCCUUACUGGGACACUCAGCAUUGAAAGGCAAUGACGAUGAGGAGAAGCUGCUUCAAGAUUGGAGCGAGAAGAUGAAAGUGGUGCAGAAUAAAAUGAACAUCGUGAUUGAAGACUGCAUCAACAGCUUUCCGACGCAGGCCGAGCUGGACGCCAAACGCAUAGUGAGAGACCAAAGCGACAAAAGCAAUCAGCAACUGGCUGACUUGCUGGUAGAGCACCUGAAAAAGAAGUACGACUGGGUUUGCUGGUCAGUCCGCGUCUUUAACUCCCCCACCGGCCUGUUCACCAACAAGAAAGACUUCCACGGUUUGACGGGAAAGAGUCGCUUUCAGGUGCCAUCGUCAGAUGACAAGCUAAACGUUGUGGUCUCCUUCAGCGCCUCGCCGGAACCUGUCGAUAAAGCCCGGAUACAGAGCCUGAUUUCGGAGCAGAAGAAGGUCACAAUGACGCCGUUGGCUGAACAGCUUUUUGAGACAAUCCCUGUCUGUGUGGUUCACACAAUCAAGACCUCAUGCAAAAAUCUGGGCUUCUCCAGCAGCUUCUCUGACGAGCUGCACUUCUUUGAGGAGUUCAAGAACUUCCAUGUCUUUCUUCAUUCUGCUUAAACAAGGAGGAGACUACUUAACCUCUGUUAGGUUAUGACUUAUCUAGGGAUGUAACGGUAUGAAAAUUUCUUGUCACGAUUAUAGUGACCAA